AGGGAAGCAACCCAGAGGGAUGCUGACCGGGAGAGGAGGUUGCGCGCCGACAGCGAGUCCCGUGCCAAGUUGGCCCUCCAGGAGGCUGCCCGAAAUCGAUCCCGUCUCAAGCUCGAGAUCGCCAGGAUGGAAGAGACAGUUUUGUCGAUGCUCACGUAUAAAAAGCAGUCGGAACAAUUGAGGCAGGAAAAGGCUGCUCUGACGAUCGCGUUCGAGAAUCGCUGCCAGCAAUACCAGAACACGAUAACGCGCCUCAAUCAGGAGAUAUUCUCGUUGCGGCAGCAGAUCGAGCAGUCCUGCAACAAUCUGGAGAAUUCCACGGCCACUCAGGCGCUGCUCAUGCAGAAACAGGCCGAGGAGUCACGGAAACAGUACGAGCGUUGCCUGGACGACGUAGCGAAUCAAGUGGUGCGAGCCCUUGUCACGCAAAAGGGUUUGAAGGAGGAGGUGGCGGUGCUGAACAGUAGAAUUCAAGAUCUUGAGGCGCAGAACUGCACGUUGACCUCGAUGCUUGUGCAUCAGCUGAACGAUCCGCCGAACCAUCUGGCUUUGGAGGAUAGUCACAGUGAGGACAACAAUACUUCCGCGGAUGCUUCACCAUCGAAUUUGAUGAGGAGUAGUUUGACGUUCAGACACUGCAAUUCCUUCGAUUCGGACAUACUAGAUUCCAAAGGCGAGCUGAAGAGCAAGGAUCCCGGUCUUUCGCUCGAAGAUAAGAAGAGACAUCACGUACUGACCAAACUGUGGACUGAACUGAAGGGAACAGAAGUCACACCGAAGAGAUUAAUAGAAGCACUGAGUGCUGUAGAUUCGGCACUCUGGAUUCCACCGCAGCGACCGGUCUCCUUGAACCUGCAGCUUCCCAUUCUCCAGGCCUCCAAGUACCGAAGAAGUAAACCAAUCCUAGCGCAAUCCAAGAGCGAGGAGGAAACGGGAAAUGAGUCACCGGAGAGCGGAAACCGCGACGAGGGCUAUUCGACGAUGUCAUCGGACGUUCAAGCGGAAGUGACGCGUACGGGGGGUGUCGGGGAUAGCCAGUUAGAGGACCUCAAGGAAGAGGACGUCGAGACGCGACUGCUCGCCUCUGAGAACAACAACAAAGACCCGGAAGUCAUUUACAUCCCCAUCAAUCUUCUGAACAACCUUAAGCCCAGGAACAGCUUCCCCCCUGGCAAGGACCUGCUGCCCUUUCAGCACAUCAUGCGCAGCUUUUCCGAUUCGCACCUCUGCAUCAAAAUUACGACGGCGCCGAGUCCAUGUUACACCUUCAGCUCGCCGAUAUCGAGCAGCCCGAGCAUCUUGCUCUUGGACCUUAGCGAUAAAUCGAUUAAUCCGCUGCGGAGGACAAAAGCGACGAGUCUACUGGUCGAUGGGGAAAAGAAUGAAUCUCCCGGCUCUUGGUCGAGCUUUGCAGACGAACGGGUAGAAUGUUCCACGAUGGACGCGGAAUACAUCCAGCACUGGCUUAAGUUGGACGAUACGCGCUCAAAUCUGCAGCAGCAGCACCGAGAUCUCUUCGAAUUAGAAUACGAUCACAAUGAGCUCGAGGAUUGGAGUCUGAAUAUAUCCAAUGAGCUGGACUCGACGAGGCUUGAGCAUUGGAAGAAGUCGCAAACGGGGGACGCAAUAACCCCGGGACAAAUCUCGCAGAUUUCUACGUUGCCCAGCAUCCAGGAGAACAACGCCUUCGAACUAGAAGAGGAUUCCAGCGAGAUUUUGUGGAAUGAGUCAAGUUACAUGGUGGGACAGGACGUGGUCACUCUUUUGAUGGACGGCGAAAAACAAUGGCCCUACGCCACCAGCAGCAACAUACACCAUUCUCCGGAUAGCAGCUGGUCAAGCGCCUCGGACUGUUGCAACUCUCAGAACGAUCCCUCCUCGAAGAGGUCUUCGGCCGUUUUGAGCGGAUGCUGCAGUGACGACACAGGAGAACUUCCGGCAAUCGAAACUUAUUUCACCAGAGAUUAUUACAGAUUGGUGAAGUUUGAGAGCACGAAGAGCUUGGCAUCCAGUUCGUCACGCAGCUUGGGCGGAGGCGGCUGCGGAGGGGGCGCCCUAUCCGAAAAUGGAGAAAGGGAGACGGCCCUGCAGAAUGUGCUCACGUUCAUAGCGGAGCAGCAGAAGUACACGAGGGAAACGAAACCGAUGGAGGCGGUUGCCACCAAGGAGUUCAACAUCGAGGCGCCGCCCCCGCAAGCCGUAGACGACAUCAAAGUCACCUGUGAUGUGCAGCAGCCGAAGAUAGCGUACGCCGACGAGGUAUGCCUCGUGACGCCGAUCGACAUCAUCGAGAGCGAGAGCUGCUCGAUGCUUAGUGAGCAUCCGGUUGAUAUAUGCAGCAGUAUUAAUGUGGAGCUGAGCUCCACCGAGUACCAGAAAGACUCCGAGCUGAGCGAGUCGCUGACCUCGAGCGUGAGCACGCCGGAGACGAUCGUGUCGAAGAUACCACGUCGAAAGUCAUCCAAGAUACCCAUAAGUCCGGCCAAAUCCCUCAAACAGGGCGGAGCGAAGGGUGCCAGUCGGAUUCCUCAUAGGACGGCCAAACCUAAGCCAGAAAUCAAAGUGAAGAGUCCGGAACACCAAAAGCAGCAGCAGCAGUCGGCCAUAACUUCCGAGCGACUGCCGCAGUCUACUUCCGGCGUGGUGAGCGACAUCAUAGACGGUCCACCUCACAGAGCGGUGAGCUUCCACGAGAGAGCGACCAGCAAAGACGUGAUCGACGAACUCAACCGAAUGAUCAAGAACGGAAACGACGCGAGCCAAGAGCACCUCGACGUGACGACCACCUGCUUGGACGAAGCAUGCCGAGCAACCGGAUGGAUUCACGUCGAAAGGGACGUUGACCUGACCGACCCAAAGGUGAGAGCGGAUCUCUGCGACGUGAUGUUGACAUCUGUGUCGAGCGACUCUUCGCCAACGAGUUCUUGCGGAGGAAGCGUGAGCAGCGAAUCCACCGAGGAACCGCCAGACUACGGACAGCUUCAUCGAAUCCACAGAUAUCACCGCCAGAAGAAAGCAAACGCGGCGCGACCCGAGCUGGCGGUGGUAAGGGCGUCAGCCCCAUCUUUCCGCCCCUCGAUCAUCGGUCGACCGGACUUCUACGUCCGAUACGGCGAGAAGGAGCGCGAAGCUGUCGCGAGUUUCGACUUUCUCGACGAUUUCUCUACAUCCGGUUCCUGUUCGGGAUCAAUGGAUGAGCAGGUCGUCGUCAUCCAGAAGCAACAGCAGCAGCACAACCAUCAACAUCACAACAAGCAGCAACAAAUUGGCGACUGACUGUACAAAUCUUGAAUAACAAUAACUUAUUUUUAAUCAAAACAUGAACGGAAGAAAAAAAAGUAUAUAAUAUAUAAA